CUCUAUAAUUAUAAAUAGAGAUGUAAGCCUCCUUCUCAAUCAUUAAAGAAAUAAACCAUCUCUAGAACCCUAUUUUCUGGCUCGCCUCCCUCGGCCGUACGUCCUUCUUCUGCCCUCAACCCCAUCUCCUUCUUCUCCUUCUAUUCCUUCCCUAGUCUCCCUCUAUCAACUGGUGCUUUCAUUCCUGCACUCCAAGCCUCCUUCACCAUGAGCGAACCAACACCCAUCCCUACUGCAUCGUCGGGUGACGAAGUUGUCACCGCUAUACAAAAUCUUGCAUUGGAACUCCGUUCUCACCGCCAGGAGCAGUUGGCUCUCAUGCAGGAGUUUCGCACGACACGAUUGGAACAUGCUGCCCUUUCUCAACGGGUGGACCAGGUAUAUUCCAUCUUGGAUUCCGGGUCCGUCGCAGCGGCUAAAGGUAAGGGGCUGUUGGGCCCACGACCUCCACCAGAUCCCACGGGCAUCGGCGAUCCAUUUGACAGGGAUCACCCGGUUCAGCCCCACGACGAGCGCCCCGGCCAUGAGAUUUGUCCGCCCAAAGUUCGUGUGGAUGCUCCUAAGUUCAAUGGAAUUGAUCCGAAUGGUUGGGUUUACAAAGCCCAAUCAUACUUUGAUUACUUCCACCCCCCCGAAGCCGACCGCCUACGUCUCGUGGGUCUUCUAUUUGAUCAUCCCGCUUCAGAUUGGUUCUUGUACCAGCACAAUAAUGGCCUGGUCACAUCAUGGUCGGAAUUUUUGGAGGCAGUAAAGCAACGCUUUGAUCCGGCCCAUUAUGAAGAUUACGUGGCUCUCCUUUCUAAAUUGCAGCAGCGGACUUCUGUCCUUGAUUAUCAAAUGGCUUUCGAACGAUUGUUGAAUAAAAUCUCUGGCGUCUCCGAACCCACGCUGAUUUCCAUUUUUAAGGGUGGUUUGAGACCUGCGAUCCGUCGUGAGGUCAACUUACGGGCACCAACAUCCUUGGGACAAACUUUUGCACUCGCCCGCGAGUUGGACGCCAACCAUAGCGAGACACUGGCGAGUAUCUCUGCCGGACAGCGGCGAUCGUGGCAACACAACCCUGCCUCUAGUUCAAUACCUCCGAAAUCAGCGGUCACACAGGCGCCAACAGUCCCCACGGCCUUGCCUGUUCGUUGCCUCUCCCCGGCUGAUCGCGCUGCCCGCUCCGCCCAAGGCCUCUGUUGGAAUUGUGAUGAAAAAUUUACAGCCGGCCACCGUUGUGCUCAUCGCUUUCUUGCUUUAUUAGGGACAGACGAUGAGGAACCGGUGGAACCCGUGGAGCACCAGGCCGAGGAGGAACCCCUCCUCACCGGGGAUGUCUCAUGCAUGCAUUCUCUCGCUGGAGCGCCUAAUCCGCGGGCGUUACGGCUGUCCGGCCGCAUUCUGGGGCGCACUAUCCAGAUACUAAUAGAUGGUGGUAGUACGCAUAACUUUAUCCAUCCCCAGGUGGCCGAGUCGCUGCGCUUACUAUUGGAGCCUAUUCCACCGUUCCGAGUUUAUGUGGGUAACGGGGCGUCGUUAGCAUGUACUCACAAGUCUGUCAACAUCCGCUUAACAAUUCAAGGCCAUGAUAUUCUCUCGGAUCUGUUCGUGCUCUCCAUUCAUGGUACGGAUGUUGUUUUGGGUGUCCAAUGGCUCCAAAGCUUGGGCAAGAUUUCGCAGGAUUAUGCCAACUUGACAUUGGAGUUCCGGAAGGGGGACUCGGUGGUGACCUUACGUGGGGAUACCCACACACCACAAGGUCUUUCAUAUAAUGCCAUGCACACCCUCCACGGUUCUCGGGAGAUUACGGCAGUGUACGAGGUGUAUCUCCUCUCCUCGGGCCAGCCUGAAAAUGGACUGCAAACCCUUGCAUGGCCUCCGGAUAUCCCGUCCGCGGUAAUGGCAGUACUCACACGACAUGCACAGACCGGGGCCUCUAACAGGGUGGCCGAUGCUCUUUCCCGACCGGAGGAGUCAGAUGAUACAGCGGUUCUAUUCACCCUCUAUGCUCAGCCACUACCCAAACUCCUUCAUAGGGUGCGGUCAGAGAACUCCUCCAUGCCGGAUCUGGUUGCCCUACACACGGCCGCAACUAGUGGAACACUCAGCGCCCCCUAUUCGGUACAUAAUGGCAUUCUUUACUAUCAUCAUCGCGUGUGUUUAAGCACUACAUCCAACCUCAAGGGAGAGAUUCUACAGGAAUUCCACUCCUCACCGAGCGCAGGCCAUCCGGGGAUUGAACGCACUUUUCGCCGUGUGGCGGCUGUUUUCUUUUGGCCCCAUAUGCGCCGGGAUAUCGCAGCUUUUGUCGCCUCGUGUCUCACAUGCCAGGCAACCAAAUAUUCGACUCAAAAACCAGGGGGUCUGUUGCAACCCUUACCGGUUCCCGGUCGUGUGUGGGAUGAUGUGACGAUGGAUUUUAUAGUGGGCUUACCGCCGUCGAAGGGCAUGAUGUCAAUCAUGGUGGUUGUGGACAGGUUGACAAAGUACGGGCAUUUUGGCCCACUGCCGACCUCCUUUGAUGCUGCCAAGGCUGCUUCCUUGUUCGUCGAGAUUGUAGUUCGUCACCACGGGUUUCCGGCAUCCCAUGUCUCCGAUAGGGAUCCCAUUUUCAUCAGCAAUUUUUGGAAAGAACUCUUUCGGCUAAGUGGCACAACUCUUAAACGCAGCACAUCAUACCAUCCUCAAUCUGACGGUCAGACGGAGGUUUGUAACCGGGAUCCGGAGCAGUACUUGCGGGCCUACUGUCAUGAGCGUCCGUCUACGUGGGUGUCCUUCCUUCCGUGGGCAGAAUUGGCGUUGAAUUCCACAUAUCACGCGGGGCUGAAAACGUCACCGUUCAAGGCUUUAUAUGGCCGAGAUCCUCCGCCUUUGCUCUCACAUACGACGGGCAGUAGCCGCGUCCCAAGUGUCGAGACCUUACUUCAAGAGCGGGGGGCUGUGAUUCGGUUACUGCGGAAGAAUCUCAUCAGCAUGCAGCAGCGGAUGGUUGCCACGGCCAAUAAACAUCGACGUCACGUUGAAUUUCAAGUGGGGGAUCUGGUGUUGCUCAAGCUCCAACCGCACAGGCAGUUUUCGGUGGCGAAACCAAGAUCGGCCAAACUUGCACGCCAUUUUUAUGGCCCAUUUGAGGUACUGGCCAGGGUGGGGAAGGUGGCAUAUCAACUGCAGCUGCCGGACGAGGCUCGUAUUCACAACGUUUUUCACGUCUCUCUCCUUCGGCCAUUUGUGAGAGGUAUUGCCACCCCACCAAUCACUGUUUUCCCCAAGGAAUUCUGCAAUGGUGCUCCGGUGUCCGUCCCUGUUCGUGCUAUUGCGUCUCGCCGGGUUCUUGUGCAUGGCGCACCGCAAGACCAAUGGUUGGUCGUCUGGUCUGAUGGUGGGGAGAGCGACGCCACGUGGGAACCUAUGACGCACCUCCGGCAGGUUUAUCCGACGCUAGUCCUUGAGGACAAGGACGUUCUUCAUGGGGGGGAUAAUGUUACACUACCGGGGGAUACAAAUAUCGGGCCAGAGUUGGAAGAUGUUCGGAACGAAGAUGCAAGUGUUCGGGCCGAGAGUGAACGUGAAGGAAGCAUUGGGCCAAGGCAUUCUAAACGGAUCCCCAAACCCCCGGCAAAAUUAAAUGAUUACCUUUAUUAAAUUAUUCAUUGUAAUUUAGAUUUUUAUUAGGAAAAAAACGUACUCCCUCCGUUCUCAAAAACACUUCCCAAAUCCUUACCAUUUAUAUAAAAUGGUGUUUUAGAAAUUUUAUAUAAACUUCCCAAAUCCUUACCAUUCUUCACCAUUCUUCCUCCAUUAGAAAGCUGUGAGCAUAGAGAGCAAAGUAGUGUUGUCAAGAGAGCUCCCCGUCGCCGGAGCAAGCCGUGGUGUUCGCCGGAAGUUUCGCCGUUUUUCCGUCGGAAUCAUCGUUUCACUUCGAAGUAAACAAAAAGAAUGAUGUGAUGGAAUCAUGGCGGCAGACGGAGCGAGAUGGUCAAAGUGGAUGUGUAAAAUGAAUUAAAGUUUAAAAA